AUGCCAAUUUCAUUUCUUCUCAUGGUCAACAAACAGGGCCAGACCCGUUUGUCCUCGUAUUACGAAUGGAUUCCAGUGGCCGAAAAAGCCGCCCUUGAAAGUGAAAUCGUCCGCAAAUGCCUGAGCCGUUCGGAACUCCAGUGUUCCUUUUUGGAAUACCGUGGCUACAAGGUGGUCUACAGAAGAUAUGCCAGUUUGUUUUUCAUUGUGGGGACCAAACCUAGUCCGGAUGAAGAAGAAAAUCCCGAGAAUGAAUUGGGGCUUUUGGAGUUUAUCCACACGUUGGUGGAAACCAUGGACAAGUGGGCUGGAUCAAUUUGCGAGUUGGAUAUCAUGUAUCAAUUGGAACAAGUGCACUUUUUGUUGGAUGAGAUGGUAAUGAAUGGAAAUGUUGUGGAAACCAAUAAGCAUAACAUAUUGCGACCACUAGAUUUGAUGGAACGGGAGAGCAAGAAGGCAGACGCCAUGUACCGAUAG